UUUCCUCUAGUCCUUCAACUGAGAAUGCAGCAUCGGCGUUCACAAGAGCAAAUGUCUGAACGAAACUUGAUCCCACCUGGAAAUAAACCACAUACAACUUUCCCAGAACAGAAUGGCAACUUGGGACAAACAAAAACAGAAGACUUCAUGAAGUGCAAGGCUCAGAACAAGCUCCACAAAGUGGCUGCAGUGAAGAUGCCUUUUUGUGAAGAUGGCCUAGCCGAAUCAGAUGAACUUAAGGAGAAGAAAGCUCGGCUGGCUGAAGAUCUAAAUGAAAAGAUACUACAUCGGCCAGGACCUCUGGAGCUGGUGAAGAAGAACAUCCUUCCACUACCUGCCAACGUGAAAGAUGGAAUAAAGGAUCAGAUCACAAUCUCUCCUUCUUCUGAUGCCUUUUCUUUUGAUGAUGACAUCACUAGUUCUUCCUCUUCUUCUACUUCCUCCUCUCCUCGCUUUGCACCUUCUCCUGGUCUUUCAGUUAACUUGUCCCCAACAUCUACCAACACUGCAUUUCAGCUGGAUCUUCCCUGUAUAAUUGAGGUGAACCAGCCAAGUUCAGGAACAAUCACAGAGACUGACUCAUUGGCAACCAAUAGGUCAAGUGCUCAUCUUUCAGCACAGGCUCCAUCUGGGGUUCCUAAGGCUCCAGCAAAGCCCUCUGAUAUGGGAAAAAGCCAAAGGCAAAAGAAGCCCAAAGAUGCUAAACCAAAGGUUAAGAAGCUCAAGUAUCAUCAAUACAUUCCACCAGACCAGAAGGCUGACAGGUCUCCGGUUGCAAUGGAUGCUGCCUACUCUCGUUUGCUGCAACAGCAACAGAUCUUCCUUCAACUUCAAAUCCUCAACCAGCAACAGAACCAAACUUUCUGUGUGCAGACAGUUCACCCUCUAGCUACAAGUAUUUCAGCAGAUCAAGUGAUUAGCUUCACAGGAGCAGCACCUGCUGGUACAUCCACCUUAAAUAUCUCUCCCCCAUCUGCUACAGCAGCCAUGCCAACUGUGCCAAAUUCAACCACCACCUCUCCUCUGAAACCAGAGUUUUUACCAGCAAACCUGGAUGAUCUAACAGUGUCAGAACUUCGCCAACAUCUUAGGAAAAGAGGACUUCCUGUUUCAGGCACAAAACCAGCAUUACUGGAACGCCUUAGGCCAUACCAGAUUCCACGUGCCAAGACCAUUCCAGCUCCCAUCCAAAGUGCAAGUUUGAUAACCCCAGUUAUUGAAAUUCCUUCCUUUCAAAAUCCUUCGUCAUGUGACACCACUGCUGCCCCUCUUUGCACCUUCCGAACUUCUCCUCCUCCAGCUCCUGCUGAGGGUCUUCCUGAGCCAUCAGAAACACCUACCAAUGUCAAAGAAAGUCCUGAAACACAGACAGGAAGUCAGGACAAAGACAUGGUGAUGCAAGUAAUAGAUGAUGACCAAGUCCUUCUAGAAAAGCAAAAAGUGAUUGAAAAUUUGACAUGGAAGUUACUACAAGAACAGAAACAGGCAGAAGACCUUCGAGUGGAACUAGAGAUGCACAAACGCUUAAAAAAUCGGCGGAAGAAUGAGAAACUAAACCCCAGAAUAACAAUUAAAAAAGAGAUUGAUGAAUGUAUAAUAACCUCUUGUGCAAAAGCACAGACUGAAGACACACAGUUUUUGUAUACUCUAAAUAAUGAUAGAACAGAACUACCACCACCAGUCCAGGAGCAACUGAUGAGCCCAGACGUUAAUGAAAACUACAUGGUUUUCCCACCUUCUACGUGCGAAGUAAUCGGACAAGAUUUCGAGCUUCCAAUGCAGAUCACGGCAAGUCCUGAAAAUCCAGUACAAAAGCCUCGCUCCUUUGAGGAAGAACUACAGGAAGCUAUACAAAAAGCACAAAUGGCCAUUACACAUUCAAUUGAAGAUAUAUUAGAAGAACCUUUACUCCACACAGAUGAAUUAAUGCAUGUCGACAAUGACAUGGUGGAUACCCUAAAGCCAGAAAGUGAUCUUCAAAAUACAUAUGCAGCUCAAAAUAGGAAUUUCACAAAGCAAGUUCAUUGCUGUAUGGAUGCUCAACCACCUCCAACUGUUCCCAGUUCUACAAUUCUGGAGUUUCCAGUGUCUGGGAAUUAUGAUUUCCUGUCUGGCCAGGAUAGCUUCUCAGUUAUGUUCUCUCCUGAUCAGAUUGAAAUGCCAUCUUCACCAGAUCAUCCAGAAAACAUGUCCCCAUCAUCCUCUUCUUCCUCAUCAUCUUGUGCUCCAUUUGAUCCAGCGGACUGGCUUGAAGCACUGACGUCAGGAUCCACUUCCAACUUUGGACCUGGUAGUCCCAUGAAUUCAAGUAUAUUUUCCACUGACAUUUUCGACUCUCCAGACUUAAGUAUUAACAGAAUGAUCGAUUUAAUGGUGGAACAGUGGUAA